UACUGAUUGCUAAUAUAGAUAUAGUACAUUAAAAAGUAUUAUCUUUUAUCAGUUCAGAGACUAAAUUCACAAGUAUUUUUACGUAAGCUAUGAUUUGCAGUAUUUUUAUAUACUGAGUAUAAUUUUUAUUAUACUGAGUUGCAGUCUGCAUUAGAGGUUAAAAAAAGUAAACUUCAAUCAGUGGGAAUCUUAAAAUGUCCAGGAUGAAAGUAAAUCCACGUGUGUUUUUCGACAUUGAAGUUGGAGGCCUUCCCAUGGGACGAGUUAUUUUCGAAUUGUACAUGGACAUUUGUCCACGUACAUGUGAAAAUUUUCGUGCAUUAUGUUGCGGUGAAUUGGGACUUGGCAAAACAACCGGGAAACCAUUGCACUACAAGGGCACAGUUUUUCAUCGGGUUGUCAAGGAUUUUAUGAUCCAAGGCGGUGAUUUUUCAGUGGGUAAUGGUACUGGUGGAGAAUCUAUUUACGGAGGGACUUUUCCAGAUGAAAACUUUUCGGUUCAUCAUAUAAAGCCAUUUCUUCUUUCGAUGGCCAAUCGUGGUAAAGAUACUAAUGGUUCCCAGUUCUUUAUUACAACGCAACCAGCGCCUCAUCUCGACAAUGUCCAUGUGGUUUUCGGAGAAGUUGUUUCCGGCCAAGAAGUUGUUUCACACAUUGAGGGUCUUCCAGUUGAUAGGAUGUCUCGACCACUCCAAGAUGCCAAAAUCGCCAAGUGUGGAGAACUAGUUUUGAAAGUCAAAACAAAAUCAAAAAAACGAGAGAAGGAUUCAAGUUCUAGCGGCUCAGACUCCGACUCAUCAACGGAUAAGAAGAAGCGUAAAAAAC